AUGUUUAUAUCAAAAUCAUAAUCUCACGUGCAAAUUGAAUAAGAAGAUGCUUGAUGUCUCCCCCAGUCUCACCUAAUGACUUUUAUAAAUAUAUGUAGAGAAGAAAAUCCAAUUUGGUAAAAGCAAUGGAUUCCUCAAUUUCCAACUUUCAUGUUUGCUCAUCACUUGAUCAGAUUAGGAGCCUCUAAACUCUAAUAAAACUUCAUCAUCAUCCAUAGCUGCCAAAAUCAGUGGUCUUGAGGAUUCGCAUCACUUAAUAGAAGUUGAUUCAGUUCCCCCUCACUCAACAAGCCUUCUCUCCCAAGGCCACCAAGAGAUGUGGGUUAAGGAACUUGUGGAUGGAUCUCUUUUAGAACCAACCAAGGAUGCAGUUUUGUCUUGAGCACUAGAAAUUCAAUCAACCACGCAUAAAAAUGUUAGUGUUGAGAGUGAGAUUAGAAACUACUCUUCCUCAAGAAAAGUAGUGAAAAAGACAAUCCAAAAAGCAUGGAUGAGUUUGAAGGGUGUGGAAUCAAAAAGCUCAGAUAGUGAAAACCCAAAUUUAGUUAGUAUUACGAGAGAGGUGGAAGCAGUCACUCUUGCUACGUUUGAGUCUUUAUUGGCCUUAUCUUUUCUGGACCAAAGACAUAUUCUCAACUUGGUGUUUGGUCUCUAGUUUCCACGUUUAUGCAAAGCAAAAGAGUUGGCUGCUAUGAAGAAGUUGAAAAUUGAAUUUGCAUAAGUUGAUGCUGCACUAUACUACCUCGUACAUUAUGAGACAAACAAAGUUGGUCUCACUAUGCUGAAGCUUAAGUUUCAUCCAUUUUAUUACUUCAGUGAAAGUAACAUUUCUAUCGUUCAAUGAAACUAUUAAUGAAAAACAAAAACAAGAGUAACAAGGCUUAUCCAUCAACACAAUUAUAUAAUGUAAUUUUGUUUACGAAAUCAUGCAUUUACUUGACUAAAUUGAUGGUCACUGCCUCUUGUUUGCAAAUUCAAUUGACCAUUGGGAUGAGGCAUGUCCAACUGAAAGAAAUACAUACAUGCCUAUAUAUAAUCCUUUAUAUGUACAUGCAUAAAAAAUGAGACUAGAAGUGUAUUAAAUAAUUUAAAUUUGAAAGUCAAGUCUGUAAAGAUUCUCAUUGUUGAUGAAAACUAUUAUCAGACUUGACAAUCUCACAUGCUUAAUGCAGCGAAACUUACAUACACUGCUGCCAUGUUGAUAGGAGACCAAUGGAAUCAUAAGCACGGUUGCUCACCAAUUUCAAAGUAUUUGAAAACAUAACCAGCUCUAUUAUGAGAUAUCCACAUCUAUUGUCUCAUUUGAAGCCAUGCUGAUCCGGAUGAAAUGGUCAUUAUAAUUGCAGGUUUUAACUCAUUUUAUGACAAUGCAAGUGCCCUUCACUAUCAAGAUCCGAACAUGGUGGAGGGGAGACAUAUCAUCAACAUAAUUAUUAUAGUAUGUUUAAUUUCAAAUCACAAGCGUGUUAUUCUUAUUGUGUAUGAAGAGGAUGAGAUUCCUUCUGUCUCCCUUAUGACUUUUUUGCCUGUAUAAAUAGAGGGUAGAUGCAAAUGAAAAAUCAAUCAAAUUUUAGAUCAACAUUCAACAGCUCUCAAUCUCUUCUCCAUCUUUUUACAGGAAAAGAAAAAUGGCAGCUUAUCACGUUCGAUCCAACAGUUUCCCCUCUAAACAACAUCCUCUCAUUUCCGAGUUUGAUGGCAUAUUGAGGUCUUCUGCAGAAGCCUCAUCUUCAACAUCAAUAACCUCAAAACUAAACGGUCUUCAAGAUCUCCACGAUUGUGUUGACAAGUUGCUUUUGCUACCUCUUAACCAGCAAGCGUUGUCCAAAGAGCAUAACGAGAAAAGUCUAAAUGAGAUUUUGGAUGGAUCCCUAAGACUCUUGGAUAUUUGCAACACAGCCAAGGAUGCCUUGUUGCUAACAAAGGAGUCAACACAAGAACUUCAAUCAAUUUUGCGUAGAAGACGCAGUGGAGAAAUGGAGUUGACAAGUGAGAUUAAGAAAUUCUUAGCCUCUAGAAAAAUGAUGAAGAAAACACUCCGUAAGGCCUUGGAAAACAAAACUACUUUCAGCUCCCUCAAGAAGGAGCAAGUGAGCAGUGAAACUGUAAGCAUGUUGAGAGAGGUGGAAUCGAUGGCUGUGACUGUAUUUGAAUCAUUGCUUUCAUUCAUCUCUGGAUCAAAGUCAAGCAGCAGCUGGUCAUUGGUUACCAAGAUGAUGAACACGAAAAGAGUGUCUGCAGAGGAUGUUAAUGAAUCGAAUGAAUUCACAAGUGCUGAUGCAGCAUUGAACUUGCUCAUCACUGCUAAGAAGGUCAAGAAAUCAGAUAGCAGCCUAGAAGAGAAUGUACAAAACCAUCUUCAAAACUUGGAGUUGUGCAUUGAAGACCUCGAACAAGGAGUUGAGAGCCUUUACAGGCGUUUGAUCAAAACAAGAGUUUCUCUACUCAACAUCCUCAAUCACUAACUCAUUACAAUAUCUUAGAUUUGUAUCAUAAAUAGGCAUACAAUUGUACAUGUUUACAACAUAUACAUCGCAUACUUUUUGCGAAUACCAAAUUAUUAAA